CGCUGUGCACCACUGUCCGAGUUGUACACCAUUGAGCGUGAUCGGUCCGCCGGCCGAAAGGCAACCUAGGAAGAGCGAAGACGCAUUGAGGAAUACCUAGUGCGUAUCGAGCGACAGCCGACAUCUUCUCGGUCGCUGUCCUCCAUGUUGACGGACAUGGCAUCGUUGUGAAUGGGAUGGUCGCAUGGGCGUGGAUCUUGCGGCGCUCCUAUCCACCGAGCUAAUAGGAGGGGUAGCUUGAUGACUGACGUCUAUAUAACUUAAGCCCAAAGCAAUUCUGCCUCAAACAAAUCAUCUUUCAUUCCAUCCUAGCUAUUGUCAACAUGGUUCAUUUCAGGACAGAUAUCGGCGCAACCAAUGAGAACGCUUCGCCACAGAACGAGAAUUAUGCCAAGGAACUCGAAACUGACGUCCUGAUCGUUGGUGCUGGGUUUGGAGGUGUCUAUUUGAUGCACAAGUUGCGGAAGCUAGGUUAUAAGUGCAAGAUCUAUGAAGCUGGAACGGAGCUUGGAGGUAUUUGGCAUUGGAAUUGCUAUCCUGGAGCGCGGGUCGACUCACAAGUUCCCAUCUACGAGUACUCAAUGCCAGAGAUUUGGAAGGAUUGGUAUUGGUCGUGUCGGUACCCUGGAACCGAUGAGCUUCGAAGAUAUUUCGCACACGUCGAGAAGAAGUUGGAUAUCAAGAAGGAUUGCGCUUUCAAUACUCGAGUUGUUGGCGCUGACUUCGACAAACCGUCUGGCAAAUGGAUCAUCAAAACCGAGGAUGGUCGUACUGCGCGAGCCAAGUACAUGCUUCUAGCACUUGGCUUUGCUGCAAAACGCCACUUCCCCGACUGGCCUGGUAUGGAAGAUUUCGAGGGCGAGAUUCACCACUCCUCAUUCUGGCCAGACGCGGGCGUUGACGUCAAGGGCAAGAGUGUUGCCGUCAUUGGUACAGGUUCAACUGGCAUUCAGAUUGCUCAAGAGACCUCGAAGGAAGCUGCUUCCGUUACCAACUUUGUCCGAACACCUAACCUCUGUCUGCCUAUGGAGCAGAAGCCUCUGACCCGAGAGGAACAGGAUAGACGAAAGGAGACAGAAUAUGAGGCAAUCUUCAGAGAACGUCUGAACACGUUUGCCGGAUUUCAGUAUGACUACAUCGAGAAAAACACCUUUGACGACAGCCCAGAGGAACGCGAGGCCUUCUACGAGAAGCUUUGGGAGAACGGUGGAUUCGAAUUCUGGCUCGCCAAUUACAAAGACCUCUUAUUCGACAACAAAGCCAAUCGCGAGGCAUAUAACUUCUGGGCAAAGAAGACCCGUGCAAGGAUCUCGGAUCCGGUAAAACGCGAGAUUCUUGCUCCCCUCGAGCCAAUUCAUGCUUUCGGAACCAAAAGGCCGUCGCUUGAACAGAACUAUUAUGAGAUGCUGGACCGGCCCGAGAAUAAUGUGGUUGACUGCAAGAAAACCCCGAUUGAGAAAUUCACGAAGGAGGGCAUCAUCACAACAGACGGGAAGCUGCAUAAGUUCGACGUCAUUGCCCUUGCAACCGGAUUUGAUUCAGUCACUGGUGGUAUGAAGAAUAUGGGUCUUCGAAACGUCGACGGUGUUGAGCUGUCAGAUACCUGGAAGAGUGGGACAUACACCUACAUGGGUAUGGCCUUGUCUGGGUUUCCCAAUAUGUUUUUCUUGUACGGCGCUCAGGGUCCUACAGCCUUCUCGAAUGGACCGACAUGCGUUGAAGUGCAGGGAGACUGGAUCGUCAACUGUAUGAAGAUGCUGAGGGACCAGAAAAUCGACUACUGCGACGCGACCCGCCAAGCUGAAGAAGAGUGGCGCGAGAAAGUCACUGAGCUUUCCGACAAAACUCUGUUCCCGCAAACCGACUCGUGGUAUAUGGGGUCGAAUAUUCCUGGUAAAAUACGUGAGCAGCUCAAUUUUGCUGGAGGAUUCCCAUUGUACAAGGAGCUGACGCAAGCCUCUCUUGAUAAGGGGUUCGAGGGUUUUGUCACCGCUUGAAGUAAUAUAAGUGUGUCUCAAUUCAAACAUAUGAAUGUUCUCGGUGUUGAUAGCCAAUGCAGCAUUUUAAUGCACGUUCCGCAAUAGCCGGGUCCAUCCGACGCAAGAUUGGUUGGUCCACUUGAAAAAUCAAAGCAACGGUGCCUUGUGUUUCUCUACACUUCGUGUUGUCGAAUAAAGAUCUCGCCGCUGCAAACACAUGGUACGUGAGCGAUGUCCUCUGUUGGGAGACAGCUGGUCGUGAUAACUAAGCGCACCCUGAGUUCCAGAGCGCUCUACAGGGGCAGACUAUAGUUAUGUAACUAAGCACAGACAUCGCGUGCAGGUCAGUAGUUCGUCAGUAUCAUGAAU